AUGGAAAUAUUUGCGAGUAAGGGUACGGGUCCAAUUGACCGAAGGUUUGAAGAAAAAGACGGGGACAACGAGAUUUAUCCUGUAUCAGACUCCAAGUUCCUGAAAAUAAAAUGGCAUUUGCUCGGUUUGAAACUGAAUCUUCUAUCUCACCUUUGUAAAUGUCCACCUGGUCCUCCCGGCGAACCUGGACCAAUUGGCCCACCUGGUAGUGAUGGUGUCGAUGGUAGAAAUGGUGUAGAUGGAGUAGACGGUGUAGAUGGGGUCGAUGGUGAAGAUGGAAUGGAUGGUACAGAUGGCAUAGAUGGUAUAGAUGGAAUACCUGGAACGCCCGGAAUACCUGGAAAUGAUGGUGAUCCAGGCCUACAAGGUCCAAUAGGUCUGCCAGGUGCUGACGGGCAGGAUGGUAACGACGGUAAGCCCGGUAAUCCUGGCAAUCCUGGCAAUCCUGGUCAGCCUGGUGAACCGUGUAAACCUUGUUAG